AUGGAUCAAUUUAAUAGAACUGACAACUCUAUCAAACCUACUAAUUCCCAUAGUGUGACCCAAGGUUUCGAAAUGGAUGAACACAAAUUAAAUCUUGCUCAUUAUCUUUGGCUUUCCUGUAGCUGUCUUCUUGCUUCCCAGUAUCUCUGGCUUUCCGGUGUUGUCUUUAGAGCUGGACAUCGAAUCAGGUGGGUCUUCUCCAUUUCCUCCUCUGGUGAACACCGAAUCAGCUGGACACCUAAUCAGGGCUGGACACCGAAUCAGGUGGGUCUUCUCCGGCUAGACACCGAAUCAGGUGGGUCUUCUCCAUUUCCUCCUUUGAACACCGAAUCAGAGCUGGACACCAAAUCAGGUGGGUCUUCUCCAUUUCCUCCUGUAGGUUACAUUUCAGAUGGGUCUUCUCCAUUUCCUCAUGUAGGUUACAUAUGGUGGGUCUUCUCCGUUUCCUCCUGUUUCACAUCAGGUGGGUCUUCUCCAUUUCCUCCUGUAGGUUACAGAUCAGAUGGGUCUUCUCCAUUUCCUCAUGUAGGUUACAUAUGGUGGGUCUUCUCCGUUUCCUCCUGUUACAUAGAGUAUAUGUGGGUUGAGUGUAUACUCUCAAUCUGUGAAGGUGUUUUGAUGGUUGAGUGUAUACUCCCAAUCUUUGAAGGUGUUUUGCCAGGCAAUCCGUCCUCUAAACUCAGCAACGGCUUCGAUUCUUGGCCAUUACGUAGUCUAAACUCAGCAACAGAUUCCAUUCUUGGCCAUGGUAGUCUAAACUCAGCAACGGCUUCGAUUCUUGGUAACCGUGUCAGUCGGGUAUGUCGGAGAGUGCCACUGUCCACUGUUUCUCUAGUACGUAGUCUAAACUCAGCAACGGCUUCGAUUCUUGGCCAAGGUAUGUCGGAGAUUGCCACUGUCCACUGUUUCUCCUUUGUCGAGCUUUGA